AGAUAAAAACCGUCGCGUCGCCGAACCGAAUAAUGGCUGAUUCGGAAAACGAAAUGGAUACCGAAGCGGGCGCAGCAAUGGACAGCGAAAGCGGUAGAGACUCCUCAGUCAGCCCAAUGGAAAUAAAUAUAUCCAACACAAAUUGCAAUUCGAUGAUAGUUCUGAACGAUUUACGUCUGCUGGAGCUGAUUACCAAGUAUCCGUUUCUGUAUAGUAAAGCAGCGCAGCCGGAACAGGACUCGGACCACGACGAGUGGGCCUGGAAUCAGAUUUCGAAGGAGUUUAAUACCAGCUACGAGAACUUGCCGCUGAGUGCCCCCUUCUCGCCAGACGAGCUGCAGUGGCGUUGGAACUUGCUGCUACCAACCAUGGGCACUCUUUCGAAGGCGAAGGGACAAAUUCCCUUUCAACUGUGGUCCCUUGUGACGGAGAUCGAGCGCUCGCUAAGUACAGAAAAUUUGAAACCACCCAGGGACUUGAGUAUGGCCCAGAACUUUCUACUCACUCAGCUGCCAUUGGUGGAGGCAAUGUCGCUCAAAGAACGUCGGCGACUGGAAGUCGAGUUCCUCGAUAUCUUAUUCCAGCACGAGAUGGAGACACAUUCGUCCGUACCACUGAGUCCCGAAGAGCAGGCCACAGUCAAGACCGAAUACGAUGAAUUCCUCGGAUCUGUUCGGGUUAAGGAGCUGCCCAUAUCGGCUCUGGCACAACUCUCGCUUGAUGGUCCUCAGUACAAACCAGUCCAACCAAAAAUCGCACACACUUUUGCCAUCCCAGGUCCCCCUCCCAAAAAAAAACUGGUCAUUAGCAGUGUGUCUGGUGGCCAGGAUCUCAUUAAUAUCCCGACGGCGACUGUUUCCAUACCGAUUCAAGAUUUCACGAGCAAUGUGGUUGGACCCAUUGAUCCCGCGCCGGACGUUUCGCCACCGCUUGAUAUCAAUGUGAUUGGUGCCAAGAAGGAACCCGUUGAGUGCCCACCGUCUGUUUCACCACCGCUGGACAUUAAGACGGAGGUGGAGGUGGCCCUUGCGGCCAUUGAGCUUGCCAUUGAGAUGGAAAAUGUACGGGAUGGAAAUGUACGGGAAAAUAAACCAGAAGAGGCACAACAGAAAUCACCGGAGAAAAACGGCACUCCCGUGGAGAAGCCCGAUGAUGCCACUCUAAAUCCGAAUCCACGGUAUAUUCCGAUCAAGAGCGCCAAGUAUUACACAAAGAAGCUAAUCGUUCGGGUGAAGCGCAUUGAUCUGGACGAGUAUUUGCCGCUGUCCAGCAUGGCAAAGCGCCCAAAGAAACGUGAAUCCAUGUACAUCAAAUGCACAUAAGUUUAUUUUAAAAAAUACAUUACUAUAAAUUACAA